AUGCAUGGGCUCGAUAUCACAGAAUAUGGGGGUUUUAACACCUUCAUCUACCACAGGCCAGAGAAUAUAGACUUGCAAGAGAAGGUGUUUCCACUGCCAAUUUCCAUUCUGAACGAAUCCCACGUGGAGCUCGUCGACACACACUUGCCUUAUGGAGGCAGCCAGGAGAGCCUCAACCACGUGAGACUCUGUAUACGCCAUCUGCCAAACCACUGUGUUACAGAUGAGAAGGGCCGGCCUGUGUCCUGGAUGCUGUCUAAUGAGCUGUGUGAGCUGAGGAUGGCCUACAUCCUACCAGAGUACAGACGGGCCGGCCACCUCCUGGCUCUGUCUCUGGCUCUUAUCCGCAGGAUGGGCUCUGUGGGUCUGCCCGUCUACUGCCACGUCAACCAGCAGAACCAGGCCACCAUUAACGCUGUGACCUCGGCUUCUCUGCUUAUCCCAGUAUUGAGAAGAUCUCAGUGCUUCUAAUAUGCAAGGACAGAGUCUGAGUGAUGACUAAUAGCAAUAACGUCUGUUGGAUGAUUGAAACCACA